CGCCUUGCACCAGUCCUUCGGCUUAAUACCAGACACCAGAGAAUCUCUAAAUAUCAUGAAUAUCAUAGAAAUUACUGAACUUAGUUCUCUAAGAACUCUUGGGUGUAUUUCAUCCGAUCCUGGAGAUAUCUACAUUAAGCCAGUUCAGUACAUUACUUGAUGUGUUACCAUAAGAGAAUUCUCCUGGAUGACCGAUCAACCAUGGAGAGAAACAGGAACAAGAUGGCCGACAGGAUCAUAAACUUCACACAAGAGAUACUCUUCUGGCUUACUGGAGAGGAAUACACAGUAGUGAAGAAGUCCUCUAGUGGACGCCGUCGGGCCCCUGUGUGUGAAGGAGGGGGAAGAACCCUGAGUCCAAUCCCGGGGCCCCCACCUCACUCCCUGAUACAUGAGGAAAUGGAUGAACAGAAGAUCCUGACUGGAGAGGUUCCUAUAAGGUGUCAGGACGUGGCGGUCUAUUUUUCCAUGGAGGAGUGGGAGUAUGUAGAAGGACACAAGGAUCAGUACAAGGAUCAGGUGAUGAUGGAGGAUCAGCAGCCCCUCACAUCAGCAGUCAGAUCCAGUAAGAGAACAGCAGCAGAGAGGUGUCCCCGUCCUCUUCUUCCACAGGAUCAGGAUCAGGGAGCAAAUCUGGACAAUGUUAUUGCUCCAGAGACAGAGGUGAGCGGUGAUGAGCAGUAUAAGGAGGACAUUUCUACAGGGAGAGAUCUGAUCUAUAUUAAUGCUACAUCUAUAUGGGAAGAAGAGACAGACAUGAGCUGUAAUGAGCAGUAUAAGGAGGACAUUACUACAGGAAAAGAUCUGAACCAUAUUAUUGCAACAGACAUAGAGGAAGAAGAAGAGACAGAUGUGAGCAGUCAUGAGCAGUAUAAGGAGGACAUUCCUACAGGGAAUUAUAUGAACCUUAUUAAUGCUACAGACAUAAAGGAAGAAGAAGAGACAGAUGUGAGUGGUGAUGAGCUGUAUAAGGAGGACAUUCCUACAGGUUACCACCCAGAUGACUGUACCAGGAGAUCAGAGGAGAAUCUUAUAUCUUCAGAUUAUAAAGCAGAUGAUGAUAUCACACAAGAUACAUAUGAAGAACAUUCCAUUAUCCCAGAUACACCCUCAGCCCUUCACAACCAAGAUCUCUCAUCUCAUCCUGUUAUACAAGUCCUGUCAUCUGAUUCAUCAACGCUAAAUAUGACGAAGCCAUUUUCAUGUGCUGAAUGUGGGAAAUGUUUUACCCAGAAAUCAAAUCUUAUUCAACAUCAAAAAAUUCACACAGGAGAGAAGCCAUUUUCAUGUUCAGAAUGUGGGAGAUGUUUUAUUCAGAAAUGUGAUCUUGUUAAACAUAACAGAACUCACACAGGAGAGAAGCCAUUUUCAUGUUCAGAAUGUGGAAAAUGUUUUUCUAAUAAAUCAAAUCUUAUUCAACAUCAAAAAAUUCACACAGGAGAGAAGCCUUGUUCGUGUUCACAAUGUGGGAAAUGUUUUGCUUCAAAAUCACUUCUUAUUAGACAUCAAAAAAGUCACAUAGGAGAGAAGCCAUUUUCAUGUUCGGAAUGUGGGAAAUGUUUUACUGUGAAACCAUCUCUUGUUCAACAUCAAAGAAUUCACUCAGGAGAGAAGCCAUUUUCAUGUUCAGAAUGUGGAAAAUGUUUUUCAUAUGAAUCAAAACUUAUUCAACAUCAAAAAAUUCACUCAGGAGAGAAGCCAUUUUCAUGUUCAGAAUGUGGAAUUUUUUUUCCGGAUAGAUCAAAUCUCAUUCAACAUCAAAAAAUGCACACAGGAGAGAAGCCAUUUUCAUGUUCAGAAUGUGGGAAAUGUUUCGCUUCUAAAUCACUUCUUGUUAUUCAUCAAAAAAGUCACAUAGGAGAGAAGCCAUUUUCAUGUUCAGAAUGUGGAAAAUGUUUUUCUAUUAAGUCAAAUCUCAUUCAACAUCAAAAAAUUCACACAGGAGAGAAGCCAUUUUCAUGUUCAGAAUGUGGGAAAUGUUUUACUGUGAAACCAUCUCUUGUUAAACAUCAAAGAAUUCACUCAGGAGAGAAGCCAUUUUCAUGUUCAGAAUGUGGGAGAUGUUUUAUUCAGAAAUACGAUCUUGUUAAACAUAACAGAACUCACACAGGAGAGAAGCCAUUUUCAUGUUCAGAAUGUGGAAAAUGUUUUUCUAAUAAAUCAAAUCUCAUUCAACAUCAAAAAAUACACACAGGAGAGAAGCCAUUUUCAUGUUCACAAUGUGGGAAAUGUUUUACUGUUAAACUAUCUCUUGUUCAACAUCAAAGAAUUCACACAGUAGAUAAGCCAUUUUCAUAUUCAGAAGGUGGGAAAUGUUUUUCUUAUAAAUCAAAUCUCAUUCAACAUCAAAAAAUUCACUCAGGAGAGAAGCCAUUGUCAUGUUCAGAAUGUGGGAAAUGUUUCGCUUCUAAAUCACUUCUUGUUAUUCAUCAAAAAAGUCACAUAGGAGAGAAGCCAUUUUCAUGUUCAGAAUGUGGAAAAUGUUUUUCUAUUAAAUCAAAUCUCAUUCAACAUCAAAAAAUUCACACAGGCGAGAAGCCAUAUUCAUGUUCACAAUGUGGGAAAUGUUUCGCUUCUAAAUUACUUCUUGUUUUUCAUCAAAAAAGUCACAUAGGAGAGAAGCCAUUUUCAUGUUCAGAAUGUGGAAAAUGUUUUUCUAUUAAAUCAAAUCUUAUUCAACAUCAAAAAAUUCACACAGGAGAGAAGCCAUUUUCAUGUUCAGAAUGUGGGAAAUGUUUUACUGUGAAACCAUCCCUUGUUAAACAUCAAAGAAUUCACUCAGGAGAGAAGCCAUUUUCAUGUUCAGAAUGUGGGAGAUGUUUUAUUCAGAAAUACGAUCUUGUUAAACAUAACAGAACUCACACAGGAGAGAAGCCAUUUUCAUGUUCAGAAUGUGGAAAAUGUUUUUCUAAUAAAUCAAAUCUCAUUCAACAUCAAAAAAUUCACACAGGCGAGAAGCCAUGUUCAUGUUCACAAUGUGGGAAAUGUUUUGCUUCUAAAUCACUUCUUAUUAGACAUCAAAAAAGUCACAUAGGAGAGAAGCCAUUUUCAUGUUAAGAAUGUGUGAAAUGUUUUGCUUCUAAGUCACUUCUUGUUAUACAUAAAAAAAAAAGUCACCUAGGAGAAAAGCCAUUUUCAUGUUCACAAUGUGGGAAAUGUUUUACUAUGAAACCAUCUCUUGUUAAACAUCAAAGAAUUCACUCAGGAGAGAAACCAUUUUCAUGUUCAAAAUGUGGGAAAUGUUUUAUUCAGAAAUCUAAUCUUGUUUGACAUCAAAUAAUUCACACAGGAGAAAAGCCAUUUUCAUGUUCAAAAUGUGGGAAAUCAAGUCGUCUUAAACAUCAAAAAAGUCACACAGGGAAGAAAUCGAUUAAGAGCAAUAAAUGAUGCAGAUAACACAU